UUUAGGGCACACGGUUGACAUUUAACCACAUUUAUCAAAACCAAAUUACAACUUCUCAUUUGCAGAGAGGAGUGCGCAUUUCUCUUCUGUGAAUACGUGUUGUGCUUAUCAGCCAACUCGGCUAAAGGCGGUAGGUCGCGUAUUGCUGACGCAUCGCUUUUGACAUUGGCAUGGAGCGUGAUAUUAGGGUCUAAACGAGCUGCCACAUUCGCUACAAUCAUGGCGCUCCAUCUGCUUGCAAGAUCCCUUACUGGGCUCAUAGAGUCAUCGUCAGUUAUUCAGCCAAGGACUUUUAGCGUAUCUGCUGUUGCAGCGGCCAUUCAGAAAAUGACAAGAGUGCGCGUUGUGGACAACAGCUCCCUUGGAAAUACACCAUAUCACCGUCCCCCAAAAGUGAUCCAUGUAUACACAAAGAAUGGUGUCGGAAAAGUUGGUGACAGAGUGUUGCUAGCCAUCAAAGGACAGAAGAAGAAAGCACUAAUCGUUGGACACAAAAUGCCUGGAGAGCGCAUGAGUCCACGCUUUGAUUCCAACAACGUUGUUCUGAUUGAGGACAAUGGAAAUCCUACAGGAACAAGGAUCAAGGUCCCUUUACCCACACAUUUACGUAAAGUGGAUGGAGAUUACUCUAAAGUCCUAGCAAUUGCCAGUUCAUUUGUUUAAUGACACUAUUCUGUACUCUUAAACUAUACUGUAUAUUUUACAUCUGCUUGGGGUUUAUGAAUAUGUUGUGCUUGCAUGUGUUGUCUACAAUAAAGCUAAAGGGAGCAUACACUGACAA